AUGUCCUCCUCGUCGCCCCAAGAGAAACCCACGUCUAUCAUUCCGCUGGUAUCGCGGGCUUUGCACCGAAUCCGUUCGACGCCUCCACGAAUAAUUGCAUCUCCACCAACUCAGCCCCGACGCGCAGCAGUUGCUAUCAUAAUCCGUGUGGUCCCUUCGCCCGAUGCUUCUUUCCCUGCUCCGCAGCCGGGCUCGUCGACUGCACCAACGACACUCUCCGAGUUUUUUGAUCUUGAAUGGGUCAAUGACCCCAAAGCCUCUCCCGAAAUCCUGUUUCUAGAGAGGGAGAACACGGCUGUGAAUGAGUCAACAAACGAGAGAGUUAGGAGCUCCAGGAAGGUCAAGACUAGUGUUGAGAAACAUGUAGCGUUUCCCGGAGGGCGGACAGAGGAAGGGGACGAAGGUGGACUCUACACAGCUAUGCGGCAAACCUGGGAAGAGAUAGGCAUUGACCUCGCGGAGAAACACUACGCUUGUGUAGGACAGCUCGACGACCGCGAAAUCACGACGUCGCUUGGGAAACGACUCCUCAUGAUCCUUUCUCCCCAUGUCUUCUUGCAACUGUCACCUUCCCUCCCGCCAUCUCAUCCCGCGUCAUCGUUAUCCCCUCCGCCACCCGACCCUGCACCAAACACCACUUUGCAUUGGACACCACUAGAGUCAUUAGUAUCCAAAGAGGACCCACCGAGAUGGAGCACUGUGACUGUAGAUGCAGCUUCGAGGCUGGCGAGCAAGCAUUCUAGCAUGCUGAGGAUCUUGAUGAGAUGCUUGGUGGGAAGCAUGGAAUUCCCCUCGGUCAUCAUUGAACCCGGCGAAUCCAUCUCUUCGACUCCUUCCAGCAAUGGAAACAUGCAUGAAAAUGGAAAUGGUAAAUCCCCGUCGCAAGAUGUGGUGGAGAAGGGGAUGAUGAGACAUCGCAACCCACGACCCCAGCUUAAACUCUGGGGAUUGUCCCUCGGCAUGGUUCUCGAUCUCAUGUCCUACAUGAUCCUCCCCUACCCGACACCUUCUGUUUCUCCUUCCUACAACGACAACUCCCUGUCCAACGGUCGCAUAACGGUUGGGAAGAAGGCUGCCUUCUUUUCACAGACCAUUCCCCUCCCACAUCCUUAUUCGUAUGAGACUGGGGUUGAUGGCAUACGCGUAGAGAUGGUUGCUCCCAGCUUGGCCAGCGUGUUCCCUAGGUUCUCGUACCCGGAUGUCAACUUUUGGAUCUGGGUCUUUGGAAGGAGGUACAGAGAAGUCGUAAGAGGAUGGGAAGAGAGCGUGAGGUCGGGUGGGACAAACGAUCGCAGGAUCAACUGGUCCGGGUCCGCCUUGAGUACGUACUACGCGGCGAUACGCAAAGCCCUGGUGGUCGUCAUUGCUGCGAGGGCGCUGGGGAUCUUGGCAGCUCUCCUGUUCACACUGUGGUGGGUAUUUAUGUAG